UAAAACCCUAGAAAAACACUAGCCCUUGCUCCCCUCCAAAAAAAACUUUUCCUCCUCCCCCUUUCCACCGCGCCGGCGAGCCGAAGCGACGCGGAGUAAGGAUGCCGCGGACCACCGUGGUGGAGAGCCCCGGCUGCCCGCCGCUCCGUGCCCUCACCACUGACAUCAUCGGCCUCGUCAAAGUCGUCGAGGCCCACACGAAGCCGGCGGGCGCCGCCAAGGUCGUCGAGACGUGGGGCGAUCCUGACGCCUCCCGCGCCAUCGUCGCUGCCUCCCUUGCCGAUCGUGCCGCCGACCCCGUCUUGGCUGUGGCAAGGAAGAACGGCGUGGUUGAGUUGCUGAAUCCCCUGAACGGGGAUGCUCUGGCUGCUGUCAAGACCGUGGGGCCAUCACCAAAUGAUGGUGGCGCAGAAGGUGAUCCCCUCGCCGCAUUGCACCUUUUCACAAGACAGGCUUCAGACUCGAUCUUAGGAACGUUUCUUGCCUGCACGGAGCAGGGGAAAGCUUCUAUAAGGUCCAUCACGAAAGAAAAUGCAGCUUCGGGCUCGGAUGUUGGGCCAUCAGCCACAUGGGAUGUGUGCAGUGGGGCCAAUGUGCAAUUUUGCUCAGUUGAUCAUGGUGAAAGCUAUGCGAUGUUUGGAGGGAAAGGUAUAGAAGUGAACUUGUGGGAUAUCACAUCUUGUAGUAAGAUAUGGUCUGCUAAAUCUCCCCGAGCAAAUAGCCUUGGUAUAUUCACUCGACCUUGGUUCACUGCUGGGACCUUCUUGUGCAAGGAUGAUCAUCGUAAAAUUGUAGCCUGCACUAAUGAUCAUCAGGUCCGCUUGUAUGAUACUGCAUUGCAAAGAAGACCUGCCAUCUCUGUUGAUUUUAGGGAGUCACCAAUCAAGGCAGUUGCUGCUGAUCCGAAUGGCCAUGAUGUCUAUAUUGGCACAGGAACAGGGGAUCUUGCUUCCUUUGACAUGAGAACAGGGAAAUUGCUCGGAUGCUAUAUUGGCAAAUGCAGUGGAAGUAUUAGAUCUAUUGUUAGGCAUCCAGAGCUACCUUUGAUAGCAUCUUGUGGACUGGAUAGCUACUUACGUAUCUGGGACACAAACACAAGACAGCUGCUAUCCGCUGUCUUUCUGAAGCAGCAUCUUACUACUGUGGUCCUUGAUUCACAUUUUUCUCUUGAAGAGCCUGAAGAGAUAAAAUCCAAGCAACUGGAGUUUUCAGUGGAAGCUGAGGCUGAAGUCCGAAAAGAAAAGAAGCAAAAGAGUAAGACAACAGAGGAUGAGACUGAGGCUCAAGUCCGAAAAGAAAAGAAGAAAAAGAAGAGUGAAACAAUUGAGGAGGAUGAAGAACAAGUUGGAGUGGUCGACCAUAGCAAUAUUAAUGGUGAAAUAUAUGCCAGAAAAGAAAAGAAGAAAAAGAAGAGUAGAGCUAUUGAACAGGAUGAGGAGCCAGACAGCGAUGGUGAAAUGUGCAGUCCCAACAGAAGAAAAUCUGGAGAAAGAAGCAAAUGCCUGAAGAAGAAGAGCAAGAAACAGCUGGUCGCCUAGAACAUGUAUCAUUUAUCUUAUUACCUGCCUUUUACUUUAUUUUGCAGAAUUACACAGUUUUGUGUUGUACUUUGAACAGCGUAUCCCUUAUGAAACCCUGCAAGGGCAUUUCACCGUCCAUAUAUAUAUUUGAAUGGCUGCAUAUGCGUCACUA